ACCUCCAGAUGACGGUGCAGGCCCUGCAGGAUGAGCUGAGGACUCAGAGAGAUCUGAAUCAGUUGUUCCAGCAGGACUGUAGUGGAGGGAGACCUGGAGAACCUCUGUCAUUCGAACCCACUGAGGAGAACUUCCACAGGCUCCAAGCUGAACACCAGAGACAGGCCAAAGAGUUGUUCCUCCUGAGGAAGACGCUGGAGGAGAUGGAGUUGAGGAUCGACAGUCAGAAACAGACCCUGGGGGCCAGAGACCAGUCUAUCAAGAAACUACUGGAGAUGCUGCAGAGCAAAGGUCUGUCAGCCAAGGCCUCAGAGGAAGACCAUGAGAGGACCAGGAGACUGGCUGAGGCUGAGAUGCACAUCCACCACCUAGACAGUCUACUGGAACAGAAAGACAAGGAGACCAACGCCCUACGAGAGGAGCUGCACCGACGGAGCUAUGAAGGAGCCCCUGAAUCAGCCAAGACCAAGGCCCUGCAGACCGUCAUCGAGAUGAAGGACUCUAAGGUCCAGUCUCUGGAGCGAGGUCUGAGGGACCUGGAGGAAGAGAUUGAGAUGUUAAAGUCUAACGGGGCUCUGAGCACUGAGGAGAGAGAGGAGGAGAUGAAACAAAUGGAGGUGUACAGAUCCCACUCCAAGUUCAUGAAGAACAAGGUAGAGCAGCUGAAGGAGGAGCUGUCUCAGAGAGAGGUCCAGGGGGAGGAGCUUAAGCAGAAGGCUGCCGACCUGCAGCAGGAAGUGUCUGCCAUUGACCAGGUAAAGCAGGACCUCAGCAGGAAGGAGACAGAGCUGAUGGGGAUGAGGACCAAGCUGGAGACUCUCACCAACCAGUUCUCAGACAGCAAACAGCACAUUGAGGUCCUCAAGGAGUCACUGACCGCUAAGGAACAGCGCUCUACUAUCAUUCAGACAGAGGUGGAUGCUCUUCGUCUGCGUCUGGAAGAGAAAGAUUCCCAGCUGAAUAAGAAGUCGAACCAGAUCCAGGAGACGUCUGAGGAGAAGGGGACGCUCAGCAGAGAGGUACACGACCUCAAGGACAUGCUGGAGGUCAAGGAGCGCAAGGUCAACGUCCUGCAGAAGAAGAUUGAGAAUCUACAGGAGCAGCUGAGAGACAAGGAGAAACAGAUGAGUAGUCUGAAGGACAGAGUCAGGUCUCUCCAGACAGACACCUCCAACACUGACACAGCUCUCACCACCCUGGAGGAAGCACUGGCUGAGAAGGAGCAUAUCAUUGAGCGUCUGAAGGAGCAGAGAGACAGAGACGACAGAGAGAAGACAGAAGACAUCGAGUCCAACAAGAAAGAACUGAAGGAGCUCAGAGAGAAACUCAGUCUACUGCAGGGAGACCUGUCUGACCGAGAGACCAACCUGUUAGACCUUAAGGAACAUGCUUCGUCCCUGGCUUCCUCCGGUCUGAAGAAGGACUCUAAACUGAAGAGUCUGGAGAUGUCUCUGGAACAGAGGAAAGACGACUUCAUCAAGAUGGAGAACCAACUCAAGAAGGCCCAGAAUGCCAUGCUGGAAGCCCAGGCCAACACGGAGCUGUCAGAACGCAUCGUUACUCUGGAACAGGAAGUGGCUCGGCACAGAGAGGAUUCUGGGAAGGCCCAGGUGGAGGUGGACCGAUUGCUGGAGAUCCUCAGAGAGAUGGAGAAUGAGAAGAACGACAAGGACAAGAAAAUCAAUGAACUGGAGAAGUAAGAGUGUGUGUUCUCUACAAUAAUA